AUGCUUGAUCAGCUAUUUAUCAACUGUAACACGUGUGGUUCUCUAUGUGAGAUUGAAAAGUCCAACACUGGUAGCAUGGUAGUAAUCAAAGCAACAUGUUGUAACAACCAUACCUUUCACUGGAGAUCACAACCAGAGAUAGAUAACAAGCCAGCUGGUAACAUUUUGAUUCCUGCUGCAACUGUCAUUACUGGGGGAUCCUAUGAAUCUAUGAAACAAUUUUCUAAUGCACUUAAUUUAAACUUUGUUAAUAAAGACCAGUUUUACGAUGUGCAGGAUAAGAUUGUUUUCCCAGUCAUCAACAAUGCCUAUGAAAAACAACGGAAGGAUGUAAUUGAAACAAUAAAAAAGGAGAAUACUGCAGCCAAUUUAUGCGGUGAUGGUCGAUCUGAUAGUCCUGGUCAUAGUGCUAAAUAUGGUACAUACACUUUGAUGGACGAAGAUUCAGGGAAGAUUAUAGAUUUCUCCCUUGUGCAAGUCUCGGAAGUUUCUUCCUCUAAUGCAAUGGAGAAUGAAGGCUGUCAAAGGUCACUCAACAAAGUCAUUGACCAAAAUGUCCAUAUAAGAUCUUUGUCAACUGAUCGCCAUACCCAGAUCACAUCAGAGAUGAGGAAGAAAUACCCCUCCAUAAUCCAUCAGUAUGAGGUGUGGCAUCUGUCGAAGUGGAUUAAAAAAAAAUUGGGGAAGAAAGCUAAGACAAAGAUCAAUGAAUCGCUUCUUAAAUGGAUCCAACCUGUGUCCAAUCAUCUGUGGUGGUGUUCACAGACUUGUGGUGGUGUUGCUGAAGUUUUACAUGAGAAAUGGGUCUCCAUCUUGAAUCAUGUGGUUAACAAACACAGAUGGAAGAAUGGCAAGCGUUUUCGAAUGUGUGGACAUGGGCAUCUCUCUAGAAGAAUGGAAAGGAAGACAAAAUGGUUAGAGGAUGGAUCUGCAGCAUACGGUAGCACUAGAAGGGGUGGUUCUCAAUAA